CACUAAAUGUAGAAUUCCAUCGGCGGGGCGCAAUAAAGAUCGUUCUUCAAAUUCCACAGAUAUGAAAUGGAACCUUUUAAGACGAGAUAGCAUCGCCUGUUUGGUAGACAAAAUUGAUUUUACCAACAAACCGGUAACUGGCAGUAUAUGUAUUAUUUACUGAGAUACUUGAAACCGCUUGAGGCAUUUAAAUUGGAUUUUUAAAGAAAAUUUAAAAAGGUUUUAACAACUGGUUUCUUUCAGAUUGUUUUGUUUCGGAUGUGUAAUUUUAUAUUCCAGUUGUGUGAAAGUUUAUUUAAUAAAUUGCUUAUUUUUUAUUUUUUUGCAACUAAUUAAUUUUUUUUUCUUGUCGCUAUUGUGCUUUCCGUUCCAGCCGUCGUUGUUAUUAUUAGACUUGGCAUGAUUGUUUCUUUUUUUAAUAACAAAAAUAACAUGAAAUAUUGUGACGAUACGUCAAAUUGUUUUGAGGGUAAACACGAUGACUGUGUCACCUAAUUAAUUUUUGCAACUUUACAACAGUUACAAAUUUAUAACAGUUACAAAUAUAUGGUUGGUGACGUCAUAAUAAUACGAAAGGGAAGUUUUUUAAUACUGCAUCAGCGAAAAUAAGACGAUGAUCGUUAAAGUUCCUCAUUAGGAACACACGUUUGUAAAUGGUUUUUUAAAGGAAUUUACUUAAUUGCUUGUUUUUAUAGUAUAGUAAAUGUGAGCAGGAUACGGGCAAAAUUUACAAUCAGUCACAUAAAUUGUAGCACAAACUUUUUGGGUUACAAAGAUUUAUAUAUUUAGUUAUUUGUUUAAAGUGUUGUUAAAAUUUUCAUUACUAUAAUUUUCUAGACUGUCAACUUCAACAUGUUAAAAGCAAGUCUUGUAAUUAUUUGCACCAUCAUGGUAGUAGGAAAUGCUGAGAGCUCGUGUAGACGGCCGGGAGACUCAGUAGAUUGCAGUGGCUUGGGGACAUGUGUUAAUGGAAUGUGCGAGUGCAUUUCAAGAUCGAAUCCCACGGAGAAAAUCACAGGGAAAUUUUGUCAAUGUAAUAAUUUUGGCUGUGAUAGACACGAAGGAAAAGUUUGUGGAGGCAAGGACAGAGGAGUGUGUGAUUGCGGACAAUGUAGAUGUGAAACUGGAUUUCUUGGAAGUAAUUGUGGAAAAGUGGAUUGCUCAGUUGGAAAGAAGAAUUGUUUACAUGCCAGUUCACCAAACACUUCAUGCAGCGGAAAUGGCGUUUGCAACUGUGACCAGUGCGAUUGCAACACAGGUUAUCGCGGAAAGUUUUGUGAAGAAUGCGUAAGCUGUCCUGAAAAAUGCAACAUGUUAAGCGAUUGUGUGAGAUGUCAAGCAUUCAAUGAACCAGAUAAGGAUACUUGCGGCAAUCUCAAAUGCAGCUUAAACAUAGUUCUUGUUAAUGUAACCGAGGAACACUGUCAUCACAAAUCUUCAGAUAACUGUUAUAUCAUUUUCUCACCUCAACGAGACCCGAUAACAGGAGCAGAAACCAUUUUCGUUCAGAAAGAUAAAAGAUGCGUAAAAAUUAUAAAAAAAGACGCACAAAAAACAAUCAGGUUGUUCAUCAUGUUUCGUCCUGCAUCAUUCUUCUGGUUUUUAUGGCAAGCAUGAUGGUAUGGAUGUGAUGAGCAAAGGGGAAAGUAGACAAACAAUGCGUGAAAACAAUACCCACAAACCUAUUUAAAGCAGAAACUCUUUUUAUAAAACAUUAAUUUUGAUCUAAUUCUUUUUUACAUCAACAUGUAUUAUUGACUUUUUUUCUGUAAUAAUUUACUUUUAUAUGUUUUUGUUUUUUUAAUUUCUUACCUAGGGAGUUGGCAGUUUGAUUUCUCUCAAAACGCAAAUAAUAAUUUUUUCCGCCUCUUACAACUUCGUUAACGAAUGAUGAACCUGAAUGAAUGAUGAACUGGAAGUGCAAAAGCAAUAUUGCUAAAACCUCUACACAAAGUAAAGUGGAACUGUCAUAAGCUCGAUAUGGUCGAUCAUUUUUUAUUUCAGAACAGACAAAAAGAGCAGGUUCUUUUUUGACAUUUAAUGGCUUAUACGAGUAGAGUCUGGUGCAGAACCAAAUGUGCAAGAAAGGGUCAGGCGACCUGAAGUUAAAAUAGCCCAAGAUUAUGUGUCAAAAAUAUCGGACCGAUUCUUAAACCAAAAAUCCGAGCAAAAACAUAAGGAGUGGAUAUAAGAGGAUGAAAUAACAAAACUUGUAUUGACAGUCGUGUUAUAUAAUUCAAGGUAUAAUAUGUAUUGUGUAUAACAUGUUAUUUCAUUACAAAUAGAAUAAUAUCCAUUUUAUUUGAUUCGUACUACGUGGUAGUGGUAUCGUUUCUGACACA